UUCCGUAUUGUGCGGUCCACAUACAGGAAGUGAGUUUUCAUCGACUGUUGCAGACUCCCAGUGUCCGUGGAGAUCAGGCUCUUCCACAGAUACGGAGACAGUUCCACCGGAGGGGGAGUAUAUAGAGGAACACAGGGGUCUGUACAAGGACGUGAUGAUGGAGAAUCACCGGCCCCUCACAUCACUGGAUGGACCCAGUAACAGAGAUACCCCAGAGAGAUGUCCCCGUCCUCUGUAUUCCCAGGAUUGUACAGAGGAGAAUCACAGGACCCCACAGGAGGAUCAGGUAGAACGUCUUUCUCGUAUAAAGGCAGAAGAUAUAGAUGGAGAAGAAGAGACGUAUGUGACUGUUAUAAAGGUAGAAGAUAUAGAGGGAGAAGAAGAGCUGUGUGUGACUGAUAUGAAGGCAGAAGAUAUAGAGGGAGAAGAAGAGACGUAUGUGACUGAUAUAAAGGCAGAAGAUAUAAAGGGAGAAGAAGAGAAGUAUGUGACUGAUAUGAAGGCAGAAGAUAUACAGAGGGAAGAAGAGAAGUAUGUGACUGAUAUAAAGGCAGAAGAUAUAGAGGAAGAAGAAGAGACGUAUGUGACUGAUAUGAAGGCAGAAGAUAUGGAGGGAGAAGAAGAGACGUAUGUGACUGAUAUAAAGGCAGAAGAUAUAGAUGGAGAAGAAGAGAUGUAUGUGAGGGGUGAUCAGCAGUGUAAGGAGGAGGAGAUCCCUACAGAUAUCAGCACAGCAGAUGGACACACAAGCAGGAAUAUCUCAGAAGGACAUCUAAUGCUAUCCCUGGAUUCUGAAAUAACAGAUAAUGACAGUAGACCGGAUUCUCCAGGAGCUAACCCCAUUACCCCAAUUAUUCAUCCAGCUCUAUCAGCUGAUUCCUCUGAUCCUGGGAAAUGUUCUCCUGAUCACUCUGAUAUUGGUGCAUCUGUUAAAGCUCUGACAGUAGAUACAGUGUUUCCCUGUUCUAUAGAUGCCAUAUGUUUUACACAGAACACAAACCUUAUUACUCAUCAGCCAGCUAAGGCAGGUGAGAGGCCAUUUCCAUGUUCUGAGUGUGGGAAAUGUUUUACAUAUAAAUCAUAUCUUGUUAGACAUGAGAGAAGUCACACAGGUGAGAAGCCGUAUUCCUGUUCUGAGUGUGGGAAAUGUUUUGCAACAAAAUCAUUUCUUGCUACACAUCAGAGAAGUCACACAGGUGAGAAGCCGUAUUCCUGUUCUGAGUGUGGGAAAUGUUUUGCACAGAGAUCACAUUUUGUUAUUCAUCAGCAUGCUCACACAGGUGAGAGGCCAUUUUCCUGUUCUGAGUGUGGUAAAUGUUUUGCAUGUAAAUCAGUUCUUGUUACACAUCAGAGAAGUCACACAGGUGACAUGCCAUAUUCCUGUUCUGAGUGUGGGAAAUGUUUUGCACAGAAAUUACAUUUUGUUACACAUCAGAGAAGUCACACAGGUGAGAAGCCAUAUUCCUGUUCUGAGUGUGGGAAAUGUUUUUUAUCGAAAUACCAUCUUGUUAGUCAUCAGAGAAGUCACACAGGUGAGAAGCCAUAUUCCUGUUCUGAGUGUGGGAAAUGUUUUGCACGGAAAUCAGCUCUUGUUAUACAUCAGAGAAGUCACACAGGUGAGAAGCUGUAUUCCUGUUCUGAGUGUGGGAAAUGUUUUGCACACAAAUCACAUUUUGUUAUACAUCAGAGAAGUCACACAGGUGAGAAGCCAUAUUCCUGUUCUGAGUGUGGGAAAUGUUUUUCAUCGAAACCAGAUCUUGUUAUACAUCAGAGAAGUCACACAGGUGAGAAGCCAUAUUCCUGUUCUGAGUGUAGGAAAUGUUUUGCAAGGAAAUCACAUCUUGUUAUACAUCAGAGAAGUCACACAGGUGAGAAGCCAUAUUCCUGUUCUGAGUGUGGGAAAUGUUUUGCACACAAAUCACAUUUUGUUAUACAUCAGAGAAGUCACACAGGUGAGAAGCCGUAUUCCUGUUCUGAGUGUGGGAAAUGUUUUUCAUCGAAACCAGAUCUUAUUAGUCAUCAGAGAAGUCACACAGGUGAGAAGCCGUAUUCCUGUUCUGAGUGUGGGAAAUGUUUUGCACACAAAUCACAAUUUGUUAUUCAUCAGCAUGCUCACACAGGUGAGAUGCCAUUUUCCUGUUCUGAGUGUGGGAAAUGUUUCGCACAGAAAUCCGCUCUUGUUACACAUCAGAGAAUUCACACAGGUGAGAAGCCGUAUUCCUGUUCUGAGUGUGGGAAAUGUUUUGCACAGAAAUCAGCUCUUGUUACACAUCAGAGAAUUCACACAGGUGAGAAGCCAUAUUCCUGUUCUGGGUGUGGGAAAUAAGCUCUUUUUUUUUAAAUUGUGUAUUCUUUAUUGUAAGUUUUUUAACCCCCCCCCCCAAAAAAAAAUAAUACAACAAACAAUUAUUAAAAUUAUGAGAAUUAUAAGAAAGUGGCACCUGUAAGAAAAAAUUGUUAAUACAAAACGUGUUUACAGCUCCUUUUGGAGAAUUUGAGCUCAGUCCGUCACGAUUUCACAAAAUGUGGAAGUUCUAACUUUCCCUAACUACUAACCGGUACCAUGCAGGGCUCCAAGAUGUAGUAUGGUAAGUCCUCUUCUCCCGUGCCACUGCGUCCAGCGGUGGGAGAUUGCGGUUAGUUGUUAAGUCGCGGCUCAAUGACGUCACACUGCGGCUCGGCGUCAGGGAAUUCGGGCCGGUCAGAUGGUAAACUGUAGCUCUGUGCCUCCAACGCGUUUUGUGCAUCACAAUCAUGGCAGAUACAGUAGAGCAUGCAAUAUGCAGACAGGAGUACUGUCAGACAAUGUAUACCAAAUAAAAUGACAAUACAUGCCCAACAAAAACAGGAUAUAUAAAGCACUCAUCAGUAUAACAUUAAGCAAUAGGAGCACACAGGCGCCAUGUGAGCUCACAUAUCUUGGAUAAAGUGAGAGUAACCUAUAGCUGAGGAAUAUAGAGAUACAGAGAUAACUAUAUUGCAGACCAUGAAUAGAAUAGGCAUAGAGUGAAGGAAUAUUGAAAAAAAUAUAUAUAAUUCCGGAGACAUCUGCCAUAAAUCUAAGCAGAAUAAAACAAAACCCUACAGUCUCUAACUAAAUCAAAACAACCCCCCCAAAACAAACCACCUCAGAACCCCCCACCCUGUAUAACCUAACCCCAACCUAAGUAUACCUGGAUCCCCAUAACCCGCCCACCUAAGCUACUUAACUUGUCUAAGCCCUAACCCCCCCCCCCCCCCACCCCAUACCCAAAAUGAGGAUAAAUAAAAUAGAUAUAUGACUGGGGCAACUGAAAAGAUAAUAUCAAAGGAUCUAAAUCUAGUAGAACUUCCACGUAUAAACUUACAUAUGUGAACAUAAAAUAUGAAGGAUAGUGUUUGCUAUACCCAAUAGAUAUUCCAAUGCGUAUCUAGAUACAUAAGCUCUUAAAUGAAAAUUUUUCAAAUUAAACAUAGUGUGGAACUAUGUAGUAAAGUUAUGCCAAUAAUAAGACAUACAAAAAACAUGAGAAUGGACAAUAUUUUACAGAGAAUCAGUGAGAAAAUAAAACAGCGAGGGUCCUGGCAACAGUGAAUCAGUACACAGACUUGAAAAGAAACAAAAUCAGUCUGGGGGACGGGCCCAUUCCGGAACCAUAUAGCCCAACAAUUCACAAACAGUAACCAGCAAACAAAUGGAGUCAUCAGCCAUCUUGUACAGCAUAGCAUUAGCCUCAGGUCCACAAAAAUUACAGAAUGGAAAUCCAUCCCCCUCCCUAGCACCUCAACGGACUGCAAUGUGAUACAGUACAGUUCUCCAGUGUCCAAAAAGUCACAUUUUGAGGCCCUGAAUGAGAUUACAGUGUGGGUCCACACAGUCACUAAUGACGAGAUGGAGGCUGCCGCUGACAUCCCAUGCACCAUCGGAAACCAGGAAUAACGGCGAAUACGCAUGGGAUUAAUCCGCAACUCCCCGAAUGUAUUUAUAACUUGUUGUGUAGCGGAACCCACAGGCUCACCCAAGGGCUCCGAGGGCAUCAACACAGAUAGGCAGGCAGACUGUCCAGGAGAAACGGGCACCGCAACAGUCUCUUCAAACAUAGCAAGAAUCCUUUUCUCAGAUUCCAUAGCAGCCUUCAGGAUAGAGGAGGUUAGAUGUUCAGAGGUACUAGCAGGGUUAAACAUGGCUGCAGGGGGUGCCUCACCGAAGCCAGUAAUAUGUAAAGAAGCACUGAAUAGCAGAUAGAAAUAUUAGAAAGGUCCAGUCUCAAACAGUCAAUAUCAGAGGUAUGAAACGCAGAAGAAAUGGCAGUUCUGUGUGUUCAUGAUGAAGGAGACCUCAGUGUUCAGCAGAGAGCUAUAGUGAAAAAAAGGUGUGCACUCACUAGGGAAGCAUAGGAGAGAAGUAAUGAAGUGCCCAGGUUUCCUAGGGGCCCGGUCAAAAGAUGGCGUCUCCGUGGCGGGAAAGCACUCUUAAUAAGCUGCUCCCAGGGUCGGCCAAAAUGCAAGGAUUCCGCUCGCAAUAUAAGGCGACAGCGAUGUAGUAGUCUCCCACCGCCGCCAGUCAGUGCCAGCAGUCCCCGAAUCAGCAGCCUGCCAGCCGGAGUGGUCAGGAGAGAGCCGUAGCUGGAAGUGAACUUGCGCACCGCACAAUGUCAGGCAGUGAGGCCGGCCGCGACACCCAGGAUGUAGGCCGCACUACGCAGCUCUGCAAUGCCAAGGUUUUUCUGCAGCUAGAGACAGCACAGACACCAAAAGAUGCAGCACACUGGAACACCCCUGUGGAGCAAUUUCUAACGAGAACGUAGUAUCGAGCAGGAUAUAUCAGCAGGAUAUUGGUCGGGAAAUAAGCUCUUGAUAGGCAUGAGAGAAGUCACACAUGUGAGAAGCCGUAUUCCUGUUCUGUGUGUGGGAAAUGUUUUGCAUAUAAAUCAAAUCUUGUUACACAUCAGAGAAGUCACACAGGUGAGAAGCCAUUUUCAUGCUGUGAGAGAAAUAAAUCCGCUCUUGUUGAACACAUUAGACAUUAUCCAAGUACGGAACCAUUUAAAUCUUCUGGAGUAUAAUUAUCACUGUCAUGCAAUGUUCCUCAAAGGUGAAUCCUAUCUCCUAUGCUUUAUGCAAUAUAAAUGCUACCACUGGGUGAUAUAAUCAGACGUCAUGGCCUGGUCUGCCACUGCUAUGCAGAUGACCUGCUUUUUGCACCAUGUACUGAGAACCUAAUACCAAUAAAUGGUUGUCUAGCUGAGUGCCAGGGUGGAUGAUGCCAGUUGGCUGUGACUCAAUCUUUGUGAAACAUAAUAGAAACUCCCCAAUAAAGGACAAGACUACAGCUUUACCAACCAUCUGGAUUUAUGCUUUGGUGUUCAGAAUUGCAAAAUACUGAACAUGUGCUGAAUCUGUGUGUUGUCCUGGUAUGUGGCUGACACAGACAUCAGGUAUCUGCCACAUACAAAUCCUCAUUCUUCCAUCUGUGGACAAUAGCCAGAAUCAAGCUCUUGAUUCCCUCAGAAGUUCAUAGACUACUGCAAUGCCAUCUACCUGGGUCACCCAGCAAAAGAAUUACAGAGCUUGCAGCUAGUACAGAAUGCAGCAGCCAAGCUGUUACCUAACCAGCCCGUUCCUGCCACAUAACACCCAUUCUCUACUCCCUUCACCGGCUGCCUGUAAGAUGACAAAUCUGUUUCAUAACUGGCUAACUGACCUUCCCAGCCCAACAUUACAUGGUCCAAGGUACUAGAAGCAGCUUCUGCCUCCUACUGCCCUGCUUGCUUCUACAGAUGAUGGACUGUUACCAGCAGUACCAAGAAUCUCCUGUCAUUCAUUUAUGGGCUGAACUUUUAGCUUUGCAGCCCUGACCAUGGAACUCACUGCCUUGCACAGUCCAAGAGGCCUCCACUCUAGAGACCUUCACAAACAGACUGAUGACUGUUACUCACGCUUUUCAUUAAUGUACCUCUAUUUACUUCCUAAAUAAUACAUCCCAAAUGCUUAGGUCUUUUUUCUGCUGUUUAUUUUGUAUCUUGUGCUUUGUGUAAAUGUGAAUGUCUAAUACCAGUUUCCACAAUCUGUAUUGCUGCGCGACAAUAUGGCGGCCAUUGGAACGUGUUUUCACUUGUAGUUUGCCUAACUUGUUGCAGACACUCAUCUUGAUCAGGAGUGUCAGAGUGUUUUCUGAUACAAGAUCCUGUCCAUAUAUACCCUGUACAUUACCAUGUGCAUUAGAGUCACCCGGGUUCCAUCUGCGGUGGUUUGUUGUAUGUUAUAUCUAUAUGGUGCGGAUACUCCCCUGUAUUUCAUAAUAAAAGCUUUUGUUUGCAUCUAUUUAUUGCAUUAAAGCUUUUAUUUUUAUUCUGUUUUAUAUUCCCGUCUAAUAAUGUCUAAUCUCAGAGUGCCAAAUCAAACUAGAAAAAAGCACUAAGCUAAAAUGUGUCCGCUGUCCUAACUUCCAAGAAUGCUAGUAUAUACCAAGUAAUUCUCCUCGCCUUAUUGAGGACUGCUAGUAUAUACCAAGUAAUUCUCCUCGCCUUAUUGAGGACUGCUGCUCCCAAAUUAAAGGGUUGAUUCCCAUAGUAUUACAAAAACAUAAAAAGAAAUUGAAAGCGCUGUACAAAAUUAUAGGCUUGUUCUUACAAGUUCAUUAAAAACAAUAUCACAUGAUCUAUUGGAUAGCACCUAAUCUAUAAAUAAUUCAUGUGGACCUUAAACACAGUGGUUCCACUAGCAAAUAUAUUUGUUUCUCUUCUAAUUGAAGCAAUGUAUCAUAUGGUUGUGUGAUACAAGUUUUCUCCACAAUGCACAUUUAUACACUCAAUGACCACACUGAUAUACGCCGCCUCCUGAGAACUCUAUGAAAUCACUGUAUAACUCACAGCCCAGACAUAUCUAGAGGAAUAGGUAACACAUAAAUUCACAAUGGCUUGAAUCCUCCCGCUGGGACAGCGUUGUGAUGUAUAAAUCAGGCAAUGUCUCUUGAUGGUAGACACGCUGAAAUUUACAAAUUAAAGUCAGAAUGAUUAACGGUCUCCUUUGAAAAAACUGCUAAUGCCAGCUGUAUAUGUUCUGACGGGCGUCCCCGUUUAGUACAUACAGGGCAAGUGAGAGUUCUUAGUGAAGAUGUGCCAUAUCCACAAUUUAACAAGUGUCCACUGAAAUACGU